AAGGUUCUGUGUCCAAUAUUAUUGGGUCUUUUUUAAGAUCUUAAGUAAUUGGUCACGCAGCUGUAAGGGUCUCCUGCGCAUUGGGAACUGACAAAAGCUUCCAAUUUCUCUUCAUAUCCGUAGUUGCUUGUUCGAGAUUAAAACAGUAGCUCAGAAGAAACUGGUGGGUUUACUCCUUUUUCUAGGCAACUGAUUUUGGUAUCUUCACUCUCUUUUGGUCCUUUUAUUUCUAUUCCGUUCUUCCAUCGAUUUGUGAUUAUACAAGAGAGGUUCCUGAAAUUCUUGCACUUGACUCUUUGUCGUUCUCUGAUCAAAUUUUGUGAAAUUGUUCCCAAACACCUUCUCUGCAGUUCCUCUCAAUUUAUUUGCUUCUUGUGAGGGGAUCUAUUUUGAUUGUUUCAAUCUAAUUUCAAUUUCUUAAUCAUGCCUACUGGAUAGUGGAUCUUUUCACUGUUGGGAAGUUCCCAAAUUCCUGUCACUAUUAUUCCAUUACGCCACAUGCCAGCUUGAGUUCGGAUUUGGCAAGAAGCAUUUCAGUUUUCAUUCUAGGAGAUAGCUUUGGUUUCAGGAAUUCAAGGCUUCAUUUGGGCCACGUGAUUCUUGCUGCUCUAGUUUACAUGCUAUGGCAGAUUGUAAAGAUGACGAUCAUGUCAUUGCAGCGGCACAACACAUUGUAACGGCAUUAGGGACAAAUAGUAACUUGACUGAUGAUGUGAAGAAAAUUCUGGAAGAACUUGGCUCUCGAUUGUCCACCAUGACUCUACUGUCAGCAAACAAGAGAGAGAUAAAUGAGAUUGAAAAACGACUUGACUCUGUUCAGGAGAAGAUUGCUAGUUGGGAAUCUGAUCAGUCGAUAUGGGACUCCAGCUCAGGGGAAGCUUCUGAGUAUCUUCAAGCUGUGGAGGAAGUCCGAAGAUUGACGGAAAGUUUGGGGACUUUAUCUUUGAAUGAAAAUGAAGCAGUGAAGCUCCUUAACCGGGCUCACAGUGUUCUUCAAAUGGGAAUGGCUAAGCUUGAGGAAGAGUUCAGUCACAUACUUGUGCAGAAUAGGCAACCUUUUGAACCUGAGCAUAAGCCCUUCCGUUGCUGUGAAGUAGAUUUUGUGGACGUGGAAUCGACCAUCUCAGUCGAAGAUGACUCGGGCAAUGACUCGCUUCGUAGAGAUAGUACUACCUCCAAAGGCUUGGAGGAAUUCAUCAUAGAUUUGAUCCAUCCAGAUGUAAUUCCUGACCUCAAAUGCAUUGCAAGUUCAAUGGUCGCAUCAAAUUAUGAUCAGGAAUGUUGUCAGGCUUACAUUAGCAUCCGAAAAGAUGCGGUGGAUGAGUGCUUAUUCAUUCUUGAAGUGGAGAAACUGAGUAUCGAAGAUGUGCUAAAGAUGGAGUGGAGUAGCUUGAAUUGCAUGAUCAAGAAAUGGAUACGAGCAGUGAAGAUCUUUGUGCGUGUUUACCUUGCCAGUGAGAAACAGCUUUGCGACCAGAUACUGGGGGAGUUUGCAUCAGUUAAUUCAGUUUGUUUUGCUGAGGUAUCAAAGGGUUCAAUGUUGCAACUCCUAAAUUUUGGUGAUGCUAUAGCAGUUGGUCCCCGUCAACCAGAAAAGUUGUUUAAGAUUCUUGACAUGUACGACGUGCUGGCUGAACUUCUCCCUGAUAUUGAAACUCUUUUCUCUGAUGAGACUGGUUCUUCAAUCAGAAUUGAGUGCCAUGAGGUCCUAAGGAGAUUGGGUGAUUCUGUUCUGGGUACUUUUCUUGAAUUUGAGAAUGCAAUUGAAUCGAACACAUCCACGAAUCCCUUUGCCGGAGGUGGGAUCCACCCUCUGACCAAAUAUGUCAUGAAUUACAUCAAGGUCCUUACUGAUUACAGUGAUACCCUUAAUUGUCUUCUUGAGAACCAUGAUGAAUAUCCUGCUUCCUCACUGUCUAAUACCAACCCUGUUGUAGAGGAGGAGAAUGAGAACAAGUGCUCGUCUUCCAGUACUUCCAUGGCUCACCAUAUACGGUCAAUCACUUCAGUUCUAGAGUCCAACCUUGAUGGUAAAUCCAGGUUGUACAGGGAUGAGUCUCUGCAACACUUUUUCCUGAUGAAUAACAUCUGUUACAUGGUUCAAAAGGUUAAGGGUUCUGAACUUGGAGCCCUUUUUGGGGAUAAUUGGAUCCGACAACACAACAGGAAAUUCCAGCAGCAUGCAAUGAGUUAUGAGAGAGCCACUUGGAGUUCUAUCCUUUCUUUACUGAAGGAUGAGGGGAUCUGCAACCCAGGUUCAAAUUCUGUCUCGAAAAUAGUUCUUAAAGAGCGGUUUAGAAAUUUUAAUCUAGCUUUUGAGGAGGUUUACAAGAACCAGACAGUGUGGUUGAUCCCAGAUCCUCAGCUUCGGGAGGAUCUACGGAUCUCAGUGUCACUGAAAGUUAUCCAGGCAUACCGGACAUUUGUGGGGAGAUAUGCCAGUCAUCUGGAUGGUGGGAGGCAAAGUGACAAGUACAUCAAGUACAAUGCAGAUGAUCUGCAGAAUUUCCUCUUGGAUCUCUUUGAGGGGUCCCCAAAAUCAUUGCACACACCCCGCAGGAGGUGAAGAACUCAACAAUUGUUGAGUUUCAGAGUUUAUUGUUUCUUCCUUUCUUUUGUCUUUCUCUAUUUCCAUAAUUUCAUGGUUGUUGUUCAUGUCCAUAAACUUGGACAUUAAUGGUACGUUGCUUCAUGUAUUGUAUCAUACUGGUGGAGCUGUAGGUUUUAAAGAAAACUUUGGCUGUUGUAAUUUUAUGACUUGCAAAUGAAAGUAUAAUUAUUGGUUUGUACUUA